AUGAAGCUGCUGCAGCUGAUUGUGUUCCACAAAGCCUGGUUGAUGGGGAGCGGCCAGCUCCAUUAUUCUGUGCCAGAGGAAUCCCAGCAUGGCACCUUUGUGGGCCGCAUCACUCAGGAUCUGGGGCUGGAGGUGGGAGAGCUCAUGCCUCGGAUGUUCCGGAUGGUUUCCAAAGACCACAAGGAUUAUUUAGAGGUAAAUGUGCAAAAUGGGAUCUUGUUUGUUAGUUCCCGGAUAGACAGGGAGGAGCUUUGCAGCAAGAAUCCUGUGUGCACCAUUCACUUGGAGGUGAUCCUGGAUAAGCCCCUGCGGGUUUUUCAUGUGGAAGUGGAGAUCAGGGAUAUAAAUGACAAUGCUCCUGUUUUCUCUGAGGGCGAGGAGAUUUUGAGUGUCGCAGAGUCAACACUGCCAGGUGCUCAUUUCCCUCUAGAGGGAGCCUCAGAUGCAGAUGUUGGUGCUAAUGCUCAACUGAAGUACAAGCUCAACUCCACAGAAUAUUUUGUUGUUGAAGAGAAAAUCAACGACAGGCACAGUAAAUCAUUAGUGCUUGUGUUAAAGAAACCUGUGGACAGAGAAAAAAUCCCUGUGCAUCGUUUAGUGCUAACAGCUACUGAUGGGGGUCAACCAGAACUCACAAGCACAGUGCAUCUUGAGAUCACUGUGAUUGAUGCAAAUGACAAUGCACCUGUAUUUAAUCAAUCUGUUUAUAAGGUGAAACUGUUAGAAAAUGUGGCAGAUGGAACAUUGGUUAUUCAUCUCAAUGCAACUGACUUAGAUGAAGGAAGUAACAAGCAAAUCACCUACUAUUUCAGUAAGCAUGUUUCUCCCAAUGUAAAAAAGACAUUCAGUAUAGAUUCAGUUACAGGUGAGAUUAGGGUAAAAGGAAAAGUGGAUUACGAAGAUAUCAAUCUGUAUGAUAUUGAAAUUGAGGCGAAAGACAAAGGAACCCCUCCUCUCUCAGGGCACUGCAAUGUCAUCAUAGAAAUAAUGGACGUAAAUGACAACAUCCCAGAAGUAUCAGUGACAUCGCUAUCAGUACCUGUGUCAGAGGACUCCCCACUGGAGUCGGUGGUGGCCCUAAUCAGUGCCUCAGACAAGGACGCUGGCACCAAUGGACAAGUAAACUGCUCUCUGUGGCCUCCUGGGCUCCCCUUCAAGCUGGUAUCCACUUUCAAGAAUUACUACUCACUGGUGCUAAAUGAACCUCUGGAUCGAGAACAGGUUGCAGAAUACAAACUAGUUGUAACAGCAAGAGACCAAGGGGAUCCAUCCUUGUCAGCCAGCAGCACCCUGGUUGUGCCCAUUGGUGAUGUGAACGACAAUGCACCUGCUUUUACUCAGACUUCCUACACAGUUUUUGUGAAAGAGAACAACCCACCUGGUGCCCACAUCUUUACGGUGUCUGCCUCAGAUCCAGAUAUAGCUGAGAAUGCUCUGGUCACCUACUGGAUAGAUGAGAACCUCUGGCCACUGUCAAGCUACAUCUCGGUACACUCAGAAAGUGGGAAUGUCUAUGCUUUGCAGCCCUUGGAUUAUGAGGAACUGAAGCUGCUGGAGUUCAAAGUGAGUGCAAAGGACGCCGGAUUGCCCUCCUUGCACAGCAAUGUGAUGGUGCAGGUCUUUGUGGUGGAUGAAAAUGAUAACGCCCCAACAGUAUCUGGGCCAGAGAACACUCCCAUCUUGCUGGUGAUCCCUUUGGUUGCUGGACAGAUGGUAGGCAAGAUCCGUGCCCUGGAUGCUGACUCAGGCUACAAUGCAUGGCUUCACUAUGAGCUGCAUGAGUCAACUAGUGGUCCUUGGCGGGUGGGCCUAUAUAGUGGGGAGAUCAGCACCACCCGUGUUUUGAAUGAGAUGGAGGGUGAUGCUGGGAGCCAGAAUCUGCUGGUACUGGUGAAGGAUCAUGGCAAGCCAAUGCUGUCAACCACAGCCACCCUGAGUGUGUCACUGGUGGUCAGCGCUCAGGCCAUCCACACAGAUGGCUACCAUUCUAGAGCAGGAGGGAGCUCAAAGCCGCUUGAAGAGAACAAAAAUGUCUACCUGAUCAUUGCCAUCUGCUCAGUUUCCACAUUGUUUCUGCUGGCAAUCAUUGUGUAUAUGGCUCUGCGAUGCCAGUGUCAACCCAAGGAGCCCGUGAUGUAUGGCCCUGGCACAGCCACACUGGUUUGUGCCAGCGAAGUGGGCAGCUGGUCCUAUUCAAAUCGCCACAGCCAUAUCCUGGCCGCUGCAACUGGGGAGCCUGGUGCCAAGAAUGACCUCAUGGUUUUUACACCCAAUAUCCCUGCCUUUAUGGAGAAUGGAGAGCUUGGGACUGGGAAGGAAAUGACUCCAACCUCAUCUGGACAGGUAAGUCUCAGGAGAUGGCUUUCCUUCUUUAAUUUUUCUAUAUUGUUUUACUAAGUCAGCAUCUACAUACAAAAGAAAUAUCCAGCUGGAGACUUACUGUAGAGAAUGAGUUCACGCAUAAUUAAAAGUAUCAGUGUGUUUUCUGGUCUCCCAUUCUCAUCCAGGAGAGGUAUUCCAGAAGGAUAACAUGGCCAGUUGUUUAAAAAUUGCUGAAGGUUCAGGAGAAUCAUGCGUUGCACUUCUAUUGUCCCUCUGCUGGUAAAGGUGGUCCGCCAGAAUGACCAAGACAGUUUAAUUGAAAUUGCCUGCUUGCAUCAGACCUUAGGUUCAUAUAGGUCAAUAUUAUGUUUCUAGCAGCAGCUAAGCAACUAAAUCUGGGAAGCUUAUAGGCAGUGCACAAAGGAGACCUACUGACUUAUUAUUUGUCCCUAUCACAGAGAUAUACUGCUCUUUAACAUAGAGUCUUCAUUUAGAUAUCAAGCUUAAUAGUUUUGAUAGAUCUAUCUCUUUUGAACUUGUCUAAUCCUUUUUCUAAAAGCUACCUAAGUGAAUGCCAUAUUUAAAUAUUUGCUUUGUUGCAAAAAAAGAGUUCCUGUCAAGUGAUUUUACUGGGUAAUGGGAGAAUGGGGGGAAGGGGAACCUCUCAUAAAUUAUGCCAGCACUUAAUUAUCCUUUUUAAUCAACUAAAAAUCCUCAAAUAUGUAGCCUGGCUUGGGGUGUGGGAAGAAGAUUGUUAAGAGUGCAAUUCUAAUCCUCAGUCCAUGCCACUGGAGCAGUUAGGAUGAGGUGCUGCAUCCAAGAGAGGAGGAAGUUGUUGGCCGAUUAAACCCUGAAGCAGGGUAUUUCAAGGUUGAGAUAAGGUAUCUGAAGCUUCAGAUCUGAUGGAUCGAAAGCCUUGCAGAGCCCUUGAGGGGCCCAGUCUUCAGGCCCUCCAGCAGCACCAGCCUGGAUUUUGUGCAGCAGAAACUGAAACAGGACCACCCCCUACCUUCUCUCCUGGCCAGUGCCAGCUGGCAGGACUUCAGGUGUGGCAGUGGGUCUUCAGUUGCACUGCUCCCUGGUAUGGUUUCAAUUGCUCCGUAAGGCAAGGGAUCCAAUGUUGAGUGCAGUGGGCAGGCUGGUUCAUGUGACAUGGGAUGGUCCCUCUAAUAUUAUGGUACCAAACUAUCUAGGGCUUCAAAGAAAAUAAGUAACACUUCUAGUGGUGCCCAGAAACUAGCUGGGAACCAAUACAGAUAGUAUAAAACUGGAGAAAUGUGCUCUGAGAAGGAAAUUUCAAAUAGGGCUCUGGCUUCUGUGUUUUGCCUUGUACACAUACACACACUUUGGUAGAAAUAUGGUGUGAAUCUAAUAUUUUUUUCAGAAUUUUAAUAUUUGCCUUUUUGGUGAAAUAUUAGUUACGCUGUAUAAACAAUUAUUUGUGCUGCACAAUCCAUGAUGAGAUCUGAAUUAUAUUUCUCAGACAAGAAGUGAAUUGCCUGUGUGAUUGUGAAAUGCACCAUGAAUUCAUGUUGUUUUUCAUUUACUUUGUGAGUGCUUGGUAGUUUGAGGGUUUGGGGAAGCCAGGAUGCAACUGUUCUUGUGCAGCCUUUAGAGAGCUAAUGAGGAGGCCUGGAACGGUGCUACAAUUGGACUGGCAUUUUUGGUGGUGAUGGUUAGCUGUUAGCUGUUCUUGGUUCACCUGCCUUUAGGAAGGUAAGCUCAUAGUUUAAGAAUUACACACAUUUUUUUUGAAAGAUAUCAGAAUAAAAGAGGGUGAAUCUUUCAGCUCUGAGAUGGCGAUGGAAACUGGAUGCAGGGAAGGUUGUUGAAUGAAAUUCUGUGGAGUCUUGUCACUCUGAAGUCUCUCAGUUUGUAAAUAUUGAUAUUCCACUUUCAGGAAAAGGGCAUAUCAUAAGAUUUAUGGCGCUGCGAAAGCCCAUAGCAGAAGGAGAUAAAUAUAAAUAACUACAGCACAAGACAGCUGGAGAUAUACCUUAGCAGAGAGUAUUUUAUCUGUGUGGUGCCUUUUCAACCAUUGUUCCUUGAUAAUUGCGUUGUUGAAAGUCUGUUUAUUUUAAAUUAACACAAGUAGUUCACAAAAUGGAAAAGUUUUAUGUCAGCAUUCUAAUAAUGAUUAAUUAUAUAGGCAAUUAAAAAUAAUAAGUGGGUAAUGUCCUGUGUGGUACAAUUAAAGGUGGAUGCUGGGUCUCAAAUGGUUGAUGAUGAUUGGUUUAAGCAAAUUGUCUGUAGCUGGUAAAUGGUUCAAUUCUGCAUUAUUAUUGUCUGAAAUUAAGAAUCAAAUUUUCUGCCAGGCCAUGUUUGUCAUGCCUCCAGUGCAACAUAGAUUUUCUCUCUCUCUCUGUCUCUCUCUUCAUAAAUAUCAUUGAAAUAAUCAUGGCAGGUGUUCUCUUAAGUCAGCCAUAAAGCAUUAUUUAUUACAUCAAAGGAAAAUGGAUAAAAAUCCUGCCAUUAAUAAAAUAUUGUUUAUCAAUAUAUUUGAUAACAAAGCAGGCUUUUUUCCUAAUUAAAAAAGCUUUCAGAGAAAAUGAAAGCCAUGGGUUGCAUCUAAUGCUCCACACACAUAGUUCUGUUGGUGGAACAAGACCUACAUUUCCUCUCCUCCCUCCUAUGAACCCUUGAAAUCUGGAGGGUCCUCCAACUCUCCAGAGCUGAUUUUGAGGGUGUGUGGUGGUGGGGAGCUGGAGGGGACAGGAGUGAAAGAGAAGCUCUGUUCACCCAGAAGUCUGUUCCACCCCUGCAUUGAAUACAAUCAUAUGCAAUUGGAUUAUAUUACCAAACAAUUUUAUAGCGAGAGCUUGGAUAUUUCUAGAUACGAAAAGGCUUUUGACUGAUUUGGAUGUGAUAUUUAAAAGACUGCAUUGGAGAGCAUCUGUAGCAAUGAAUAUCUUUGUAAAUAUGGGUGGUGUUUUGGAGCUCUGUUGAUAGGCCAAGGGAUACAGAUUAUUUUUUAAACACCACUACCUUCUCCAUUCACCUGAAUUUACACCCUCACUGUGUUUCCAAAUGCAGCUACCAACUCUGAAUCUUUGCAUUUCAAUUUCUUUUUUUAAGUGUACCAGAAAUAUAUUAUCCACCUAAAGUGCAAUUUGAAACAUAUACUCUAAUAAUCCAAUCAAUCCCAUGGCUAACUUUAAGCUGUACCAGUGAUCGGGAAGAGCUCUAUACAAAAAUUAAAUAGGAAAGAUGAAAGAAAACAAUCUUGUCUUUUUCCUCAUUCAGGAAAUACAGUUUUCAUUGCUGUGUGUCAACAAAUAUUUUUUCACUGCAUAGUGAAUCAACUCAAUCGAUGUUCACACAGUGAGGCAAAAGCCUAAUGUUUUUAUUACUUUGUACAUUACAACAUUUUCCACACUGUCAAAUGCUAUUUCAGCACUGAGAAAAUUCAAUAAAACAGAUGUUUUGGAUAUUUGUGAUAAAUGAAUUAUAUUAACCAUAGCUGGGCUAUAGACAGCAGUUUCAGGACAGCCAGGAACUAGGACCAAAGAGCAUUCAGGAUUUGCGAGUAAUCAGGAAGCAGGGUCAGAAAACAAACCAAGAGCCAAGACUAAUUCAGGAUUAGAAGCCAAGACUGAAGAACAAAUUGGAAGGCAUGAUCAUACAGCAAUCAGAAUCAGGAGGCAAACCAGACUGAAGAACAAGCCAAGAGUCAGGACCAAAGAGGAAGACAAGAAACGCAAGGUGUCCUAGACAUAUUUUGGAAAGUGAUUUGUCUGUUUGUCCAUUUGUUCUCAAAGAGUUGGAUGCCUCUCAAGAUAUCAUUGUCAAACUUGGCAUGAGGGCUCCCAAGGUGGGAAAGCGGACUUCAUUGAUGUUUGAACACCGUGCACCACUUUGAAUCAAGAUGGCUGACCAAAAUGUCACUUUGGUGCGACUUCACACGUUUUUUGGCAUGGGUUCAACUGUCUUUUGAGUUGUCACUAAACUCGACAUGAGGGUUCCCAAGGUGGAGGCAGCAGUCUCGGACAAUGUUUGGAUGUUGGGCAGCAUUUUGAAUCAAGAUUGUGGACCAAAUUAACCCUAUUUAAACACUAGCUUCCUCCCAAAAAAAUAUUUAUUUGGGGCCAGGGGAGUUGUUGCCCAGAUCAGGUCAGAGUCCUGUGUGCACACACACACAUCCCACAAACUCACAAAAUACACUAUCUGUUUAAAAAAUCACUUUUCUUUAAAUACCCAGUCAGCACCGGGCACUCCACAGUAGCAUCCUAUAGUUCAAGCAGACCUUGUGGCAGAAGAAAGACUCAGCUGCAAAAGGGAGUCCUUUAUACUUCUCCUUGCCUAGGAGGAGCCAUUGGCCAGCCAGGUCAGAUGACUGCAGUUAUCUUGGUCACCACAUGGCACUGUGGAAUUAAGUAUUUCACCAACAUGAAUUCCCAAUAUAAAGUUUACAGCCUGUUUUCCUGAAAUGCUUUUUUGAUGUGUAAGGAGCCAGCCCUAAGCAGUUUCAGCUCAUCAUUGUCUGGAGGAAACGAGCCUCUAGGCUUUUCAGUUCAGUACUAUCAACAGUUUGUUCUCUACAGUGCUCUCAAUCCUGGCUCCUUUCUUCUGAUUUCAUCUCUUUCUUCUGACUUUAAUGCCAACUGUAUUCCUAUUUGCCAGCUUUACUUACAUGCAUGAUGUCACCUCGCCCUGGCCACCAUCUUGGACAGUGCGGUAGAGUUUUGCUUCUGUUGCCCAAUAAUAUUUAGGCUUCUUUUUUCUUCCUGAAGUUUGUAUAUUUCUUUCCCAUUUUAAGUUUGUUUCCUGGGCUGAGUUUUUUACCAUCCCACAAGAAUAACCUCUAAACUGAGAGCAAUAGUUUUACAUCCAACAAUAAAACACAAAAUGGCUGAAGAGUUUCAAUCCUUCACAACAUCCAUGAUCUCAAACAGUCUAAAGUCUAUUGAAAAACUGUUCCAGGUCUAUUAAUACUUUCCUAAAAUUUGAAUUUCAGUAAAAUACUUCUCUUUCAGCAAUAAAGAACAUGGAAAGAGGGUCAGACAAGCACACAUACAACUAUUUGUACAUAAAAGCAAAAAAUAACCUCCACUCCUUCCAAAUUUGAGAAUAAGGAAGGGAAAAAGAGGAUGAGGCAAUUAUGAAGGAAAGGCUGUAUAUUCCUUCCUUAUUAUUUUACUUUAUUUCAUAACAUUUAUAUACUGCUUAAUUCUUAAGAAAACCCCAAAGCAGUUUACAAAAAGAAAAAAACCACACACAAUAAAACUGUGAGUAGAAAAGUAGAAAACCAUAAAUCAUUCAAGACAUAAGAUAAACAAUAAACUAAAAACCGAUUAAAGCAUAUAUUCACAUUCUACACAUCCAGAUAGGCUUGUCUAAACAAAAAUGUAUUCCCUCCCGCAGAAGAAGUAGAUACAAAAAUAUUAACUUGCAAGACCCAGCAUCAGAGGUUGGCAUAGGUUUUAUUUUUUUUAUUAAAGCUAUGCAUUGGAUUUUUAACAUUAUAUAAACUUAUCCAGUAGAAAAUAAAAUGGAGGAGGUAAUAGCAAACAGACAUUGCUGGCACAGUUGGGCAUCUGCCAAGGCCAUAGACUGGCAAGCACUGUGGAAGCUGUUGUCUGGUGAUGGGUUUUCUACCUGCCUUGGAAGAAGCAUCCCCAAAAGUGCUGCUUCUCUCUCAGGCAUCUAACUUCCAAUUGUAACUAUGAUAUUGCUCCAGAGGAACACAGGGAGGAAGCCCAAUUCAAGAUUACCUGUCUUGGUCAGGCUAAAGGAACACAACAAAGCCACAGUGCUCCCUCUACUGCUGUCAUUUGCUUCUCCUGACAGGAGGGGUGAUCCGUAACCAUAUCCACCUGAGAUACUGUUUAAGAACAGUAGCUUUGAAAAUGAGGGAGUGGAAUGAAGUUCUGCUGGUCUGUGGCCUUGGAGGUUGACCCAGCAAGUCUCUUGCCCCCCCCAGACUUGGACCACCUCUACAAAUAACAGGAUUCUAUGGCAUGAAGAGUGGUCUAAAAGUGCAAAAAAUAAUAGUAAGUUUUUACAAUUAUGUAUGGCAAUCUAGAACUUUCAGGAUUGCAUUCUGUCAGUGCAAGGAUUUCACAUUGCACAGCAAAGCAUUCUCCUCUCCUCUCUUGUGCAGCCCAUAAAUCUGUUCUGGGUCCGUCCCCCCAACCAUCUGGACCAGAUUUGGGGAGGGUGUUGAGGCACAUGGUGGGGAAGGAGAGGUAGGGAGACUCCUACUGCAUGAACAGAAGUCAUUCUGCUCACACAAUUAUUCAGUUGAAUGCCACCCUUAUUUUCAUAUCAUGAGCAAUGGCAGCAUGUGACAUGAGCAGAUUAAAGGAAAAAUAUCAAUUAAUGGCUCUCACAUAUUACAUGGCAACAAAUCCAGAUUUGCCUCCUAAAAUACAAUCAACAGGAGCCCACAGCUAAUCCUGCCUCCAUUGGUGGUGUGGACGCAGGAAAGUGACUCCCUAGAGAAGCUAGACUGGCUCCAUCCCUCCUUGUCUUUCUGCUGGCAGGUGAAGACUUUCUUGUUCCGACCGGCUUUGGAAACUGACUGCUUUUAAUGAAACGGCUGGUGUAAUGCUGUGUGUGUGUGUGUGUGUGUGUGUGUGUGUGUGUAGAGUUUUAAUUCUAUUAAUGUUUACUUGAUUUUAAAUUAUUGUUUUUCCUGUGUUUUAGCAAUUCUUGUUUUUACCUGUAAGCUGCUUUUGUAAGCUGCUUUGAGUUCCUGUCAGAGAAAAAGGUGGAAUGAUGAUGAUGAUGAUGUGUCUGAUGUGUGUUGACAAACACAUGCAGUUCAAAUUGACAUGUGGACUUAACCCUUGUACUGCAUGCAUUAUACAGUCGUACCUCGGGUUACAGACGCUUCAGGUUACAGACGCUUCAGGUUACAGACUCCGCUAACCCAGAAAUAGUACCUCGGGUUAAGAACUUUGCUUCAGGAUGAGAACAGAAAUCAUGCUCCGGUGGUGCAGCAGCAGCGGGAGGCCCCAUUAGCUAAAGUGGUGCUUCAGGUUAAGAACAAUUUCAGGUUAAGAACAGACCUCCAGAACGAAUUAAGUUCUUAACCUGAGGUACCACUGUAUUUUAAAAUUAUUAACUUUAGAAGAAGCUACGAUGAAUUUAUGCAGGGUAUUCAGAGAAGCAAAGGAAAAUAAAUGCAAUUGUAAGAGAAAGUUAAGCACUUCAUGCAAAAGUAAAAGGUUUAUUAAUCAAAUGGGGGCAACAUCUGUUUAAAAUACAGACUGUAAUAAUUUGCUUCUCCAUUUCAAAAUUCAGUCACAAGGGGUCACUGUUGCCUAAGAAAAUGUUUUAAGAACAGAGAGAAUUCAUAGCUCCUCCCUUAGAGAGCUUGAAAAUCCUGCCUGUGAGAUUCACAAUAGGGAUAUCACACACCAGAUGCAAGACUACUGGAAUCUAUUCAAGUAAUUACACCAACCCUGAUGAGCUCUUUGGACCCUGCUCUUCACUUCUUCAAGAAAGGUGAUUUUUAAAGGGGAGAUGCCACUGGUGGGAUUUGUGUCUGUAUUUGCAAUGGUUCCUUGGCAGAAUCCUUCUGUGGUAAAGCAGCUGCUGCAGCUGGUUCUUCUCCACACUGCCUGGGAGAUGGGGAGCGGCCAGCUCCAUUAUUCUGUGCCGGAGGAAUCUCAGCAUGGCACCUUUGUGGGUCGCAUCACUCAGGAUCUUGGGCUGGAUGUAAGUGAGCUGGUGCCUCGGAUGUUCCAGAUGGUGUCUAGAGGACAUGAAGACUAUUUUGAGGUAAAUGUGCAAAAUGGAAUCUUGUUUGUAAAUUCCCGGAUAGACAGGGAGGAGCUUUGCAACAAGAACCCUGUGUGCUCCAUUCACCUGGAGAUGAUUGUGGAUAAACCUCUGAGGGUCUUCCAUGUGGAAGUGGAGAUCAAGGACAUAAAUGACAAUGCUCCUCUUUUUUCAGUAAAUGAACAGAAUUUGACUAUUGCAGAAUCAGGUUUACCAGGUUUCCGUUUCCUGUUAACUGGUGCCUCUGAUGCAGAUACAGAUGCCAAUGCUUUGCUGACCUACAAGCUCAGCCCUAAUGACUAUUUCAUUCUUGAAUCGGGAGGUGAUGAGGACCAGAGUAAAUCUCCAGUACUUAUACUAAAAACUCCACUUGACAGAGAGAAGACUCCUGUGCAUCACUUGGUGCUCACAGCCACUGAUGGGGGCAAACCAAAGCUCACAGGCACAGUCCAACUGGUGAUCAAUGUCCUGGAUGCAAAUGACAAUCCUCCUGUAUUUAACCAGUCCACUUACAAGGUAAAACUAAUGGAAAAUGCAGCUAAUGGAACAACGGUUAUUAAACUGAAUGCUACAGAUUUAGAUGAAGGAAUUAAUGGGGAAAUCACUUAUUUUUUUAGUAAUAAUGUACCACCCCGUUUCACAAAGAUAUUUAGCAUAAAUGCUAACACAGGUGAGGUCAGAGUGAUUGGGAAAGUAGAUUUUGAAGACAUUAAUCUAUAUGACCUUCAAAUUGUUGCAGAAGAUAAAGGCAGUUUGCCUUUGUCUGGACACUGUAAGGUUCUCAUUGAGGUGUUAGACAUGAACGACAACGUUCCAGAAGUUUCUGUGACUUCUCUUGCUGUGCCAGUGCCAGAGGACUCUCCUCCAGGGACAGUGGUGGCCCUUGUCAGCGUCUCGGACAGGGACUCUGAAGCCAAUGGGCAAGUGAGUUGCUCCCUGUGGCCCCCUGGGCUGCCUUUCAAAUUAGCAUCGACAUUCAAGAACUACUACUCCUUAACUCUAGCAGAGCCUUUGGAUCGGGAGCGGGUGGCUGAGUACAGCUUGGUAGUGACAGCUCAAGAUCAAGGCGUUCCACCAUUGUCUGCUAGCAGCAGCCUCUUAGUUCCUAUCCGUGAUGUAAAUGACAAUGCUCCAGCUUUCACGCAGCCCUCCUACACGGUCUUUGUGAAGGAGAAUAAUCCACCGGGUGCCCACAUCUUCACUGUGUCUGCCUCAGACCCGGAUGUGGCUGAGAAUGCUCUAGUCAGCUACUGGAUCGAUGAGACCCUCUGGCCCCUGACAAGCUACAUCUCAGUGCACUCGGAGAGUGGGAAGGUCUAUGCUUUGCAACCCUUGGACUAUGAGGACAUAAAGCUUCUGGAGUUCCAAGUGAGGGCCAAGGAUGCAGGGCUGCCCUCCUUGUGUGGCAACACUACAGUUCAGGUGUUUGUGGUGGAUGAGAAUGACAAUGCGCCUACAGUGGCUGGGUCAUCAGAAGAGACUCCAAUUGUUCUAGUGGCUCCUGUGUUGUCUGGACACAUGGUGGGCAAGAUCCGUGCCCUGGAUGCUGACUCAGGGUACAAUGCAUGGUUGCGAUAUGAGAUGCAUGAGUUGACCGCUGGCCCUUGGCGUGUGGGGCUAUACAGUGGGGAGAUCAGUACCACACGUGCCCUGGAUGAGGUGGAGAGCAGAAGCAGCCAGACUCUCCUUGUGUUGGUGAAAGAUCAUGGCACACCUUCACUCACGGCCACAGCCACACUGAGUUUGUCACUGGUGGCAAGUGCCCAGGCUGUUAAGACUGACACCCUUUCCAGGACAGGUGAAAGCUCAAAGCCUUUGGUGGACAAUGUCAAUGUCUACCUGAUCAUUGCCAUCUGCUCCGUGUCCAGCUUGUUCCUCCUAGCAGUAAUCUUUUACGUGGCCUUGCGAUGCCGUUGCCAGGCGAAGGAGGCCAUGGUGUAUGGUCCUGGUACAGCCACGCUGGUAUGUGCCAGUGAAGUGGGCAGCUGGUCCUAUUCAAAUCGCCACAGCCACAUCCUGGCAGGUGUGAGCGGGGAGGCUGGAGCCAAGAGUGACCUCAUGGUCUUCAGCCCCAACAUUCCUGUUUUUGCAGAUAAUGGGGAGGUUAGGAAUGGGAAGGAACUGCUCCCAAAUGCAUCUGGAGAGGUGAGUCAUGUGCAACUAUUAGAAUCCUUGAAAAAACACAAUAUAUUUUUAUUCUAA